UUUCCACUUCAGCGUGACUAAGUAACGUUUACUGCCGGCGGGCAGCACAGCAGAUGAGUUACGGUCAUUUUCUCUUAUAAAUGAGCGGAAGUGGACGGACUUCAGCUCUGACAACUGAGAGUUACGAGUGGCUUUUAACGCUUCAGCAGACCCUAAUAUUAUUGGUUUUUACACUUUUUAUGGUUUUACAUUUCUACCUCCUCUUCAGUUAUAACGCAUUACAGUUAGCGUGCCAAAGAUCAACGACUACAAGAUGCUGCUAACUGUGCUUCCAUGUGAUAAUUAAGCCAGAACCUGAUUUAACUGAAAUAUGGGAAGAAUGACUAACAGUGAAACAGCAGAGACUGUACGCCAACACCAUGAAACAGCACCACUGUGUUGUGUUUUGACCUGUCACAGCCGGAAGAAAGAAACCGCAGGCAGACCUGACAAGUUAAACGACGGCUCGGUAACAUUUAAGUGUCUCAGCGUGAGUCAGGACGGCACCCAGCGGUCAUUAAUACACCUGUGAACUACCUGGACUUCCUACCAGGACACGUCAAAACAUCUGCGCCCGAGUGUGAAAGUCCAUUUUGACUUCGCUGAACUCGCUGUUGUGUGUGUGUGUGUGUGUGUGGGCGGGUGGGGUUCAUGGAAAGCAUGUACUGUAUGUGUAUUUUGUUCACUUCUAUGCUCUUGGGUUUGUACACCUCAUGGCAGCUUGACACUUAGGAACUGAGUUUGACUUUCUGGCUAGAAAUACAAUUGUAUGUUUAUGAUUACAAUAUUGACCGUAUUAUACUUUUUGUGGAACUCCACUGAAGACAUGAACGCCCACUAAAUGAUUUUCUCAUUUGGUAUUUUGGUGAUGGUGGUGUAGAACAUUUCAGUCCAAGUCUCCCAUAAAUGCAUGCAUUUAGGUGCUUGGUGUGGAGAAAUUCGCCUGUUGAGUUUACAGAACAAAUCUUAUCUAAUUAUGUAAUCACAAUGUGUAAUCUUAGUGAUAACUCAUCGAUUGAUUAAUGAAAUGCAAAGAGAUCAGUUUCCAGUCAUGGUAGUAGAUCACACAAACAGUAUAUAUGUUGAAUGAGAUGUCCUUUAUUAUUUUCCAGGUAGAAACAAUGGCGACUAAGAAGAUUCUGUCUCAAACACUGAAUGACUUGAGUUCUGAGGAGUUUAAAAAAUUCAAGUCGCUCAUCAUGUUGGAGAAAGGCUUCCCGCUCUUCUCAGGGAGGCAGCUGAAAGCGGCAAACACACAAGACGUUGUGGAGCUGAUGGUGACCACAUACAGACAGGAGAGUGUGGUGCUGACCAAAAAGGUUUUAAAGAUGAUGAACAUGAUGAAUCUGGCACAGAGAUUGUCUGCUAUCAGCCUGAAAACCAAAGAGAAGCAGCAGCUUUUACUGCCGCAGAGAGUGGAGAUGAUGGUGUCUGUUAUAAGGCUGCUUUUGGAAACACUGAAACAUUUGAGUGAUGACGAGUGUGAUAAGUUCAAGGAGGACCUCAGUCAAAGUCACCUCUGUGGACUUGAUUUCUACAGACAUUAUUUAGAUACUCCGUGGAUGCAGCAGGAGCUAACGGAUAUACAGGACAUGGUGUUUUCAAUGGUGCUGAGCGAUGGCCAAAUGUCUGUGGAGACGAUCAAGGACGUAUUGAAGAAGAUAAAGAGGACCGAUCUGGUGCAGAGGUUGUCACGCAGCAGCUCAGGAUCCAAACAAAAGCACUCUGUGGAUGAACAUCUGUUUGCACUGAUACACAAAGUGGCAACAAUGACGGCUGUCAAAGAGGUGCUUUUGGAAACACUCAAUGAUUUGAGUCACAAGGAGCUUAAGAACUUUAGGUGGUUACUGCAGUUCAGGUUCUUCCAGAGGAGCCGACCCCACAUGUCACCACUGCAGACAGCGCACAGUACAGACCUCCUGGUGGAGCUAAUUGUGGACAACUGUGGUCAGCAAUCUGUGGAGGUGACUAAGGAGGUUUUCAUCGACAUGAACAAGACCGAUCAGGUGCAAAAGCUGUCCGAGCCCAGCUCAGGACCCAAAGAGAAAAACUCUUUGGAUGAAGAUUGGCCUACACUGAAGCAGGAAGUGGAGAACAUGGCGUCUGUUACAGAGCUGCUUUUGGAACCACUGAAAGAUUUGAGUGACGGAGAGCUGGUGAAGUUUAAGGGCGCCCUCCUGCAUAAAAUGCACUUCAGGAGAUUUGACAUGUACAAAGAUCACUCAGACUACCCACUGAUGCUGGAGCAAAGAGACGUACAGGACACAGUGUUUUUACUGGUGCAGUCCUGCGGCCGACAGUCUGUGGAGACGGUCAAGGAGGUUUUAAAGAAGAUGAAGAGGACUGAUCUGGUGCAGAGGCUGUCAGACAGCAGCUCUGGACUCAGGAAGGAACGCUCUGCAGGUGAACGCCACUCCGCACUGAUCCAGAGAGUAGCAACAAUAGCAGCUGUUAAAGAGGUGCUUUUGGAAACCCUGAAUAAUUUGAGUGUCGAGGAGCUCGAGAAAUUCAAGGACCUCCUGCAGCUGAUUACCUCCCAGAAGCACCUCCCAGACAUCUCAUCGGAACUGAGUUCCAUAAAAAGCAGAGCAAAAAUAGUGGAUCUGAUGGUCCAGACCUAUGGUCAGCAGUCUGUGUGGUUAACAAUGAAGGUUUUCAUGGACAUACAAACAUCUGAUCUGGUUCAGGGGUUGGCCAUGCUCAGCUUACAAAGGAAUGAGAAACGCUCUGUGGACGAACACCAACCUGCGAAGCUGCAGAGGACAGCAGCAAAGGCAAUUGUUAAAAAUGUUCUUUGGGAAACACUCAGUGAUUUGAGUCACAAGGAACUCAAGAAAUUCAAGUGGUUGCUGCAGUUCACGUACUUCCAGAAGAGCCUCCCACAAAUCCCACAUAGCCUACUGUGCAGUGCAGACAGGGCAGCCCUAGUGGAUCUGAUGGUGAAGAACCAGCAGGCUGAGAAGGUGACCAAGGAGGUUCUCAUGGACAUGAACAGGACUGAUCUGGUGCAGAGGCUGUCAGAGUCCAGCCCAAGACCCAAAGAGAAAUGUCACUCUGAGCAGCACUGGAAUAGAAUAGCCGUAAAAUCGGUCAAGAAGAGGCUUUUGGAAACACUGGAAGAUUUAAGUCACGAGGAUCUUAAAUGGUUCAAGCGAUUGCUGCAUGCCGACAUGAAGGGAGGUCAUCCAAGACUCCCAAGAGAGCAACUGAAGAUGGCCAACAGAGUUAAAAUAGUGGAGCUGAUGGUGAAAGUGUACGGUCAGGCGUCUGUGCAGAUGAUCAGGAAGGUUUUAAGGAAGAUGAGCAGGAGGGAUCUGGUGCACAGGUUGUCAGACAUCAGGUCAGGAUCCAAAGUACCUCCAAAAGGGCUGACAAGAAGACUGGUGUUUAGGGCUCCUGGGAGCAGUAAGCAGGUCUCCAGUGACUGGACUAAACUUGAACCUGAAGUCUGCAGCACAGGUGCAGAUGAAGCUCCAACUUACAGCGACUGGACUAAACUUGAACCUGAAGUCAGCAGCACAGGUGCAGAUGAGGCUCCAACUUACAGCCUGCAGUCUGAAGCAGGACGCUUUGAAUGCAGCGUCUCUGGCUUGCGUUGGGUCUGUGAGGCAAAGAUAAGCUUUAAGUAUCAGUUCUGCUCUUGGGAGGAACCCAUGGAGAGGAUGGAAAGCCUCAGAUACAUGCCUGCAGGUCCCCUAAUGGACAUCACAGUCACUACUGGGAAGUUAGAUGAAGUGUACCUGCCACACUGGAUCUUCACAGAAGACGACCCUAAGAUAUCCGACAAGUUUGCAGUCCUGCACAUCGACGACUGUGGGGAUGUUGUGGAAAAAGUGUCUGAGGUCACAGCUUCCCACGUCAAGCUACCCGAACCAGUUUUUUCUCCCAGAGCGGUCCUGAUUAAAGCUGGUUUUCCUGUGAAAAUAAGCUGUAACGUGUUAAUAUAUCAGACCAACACAGCAUUCCUCACGCUCCACAUUUACCUGAUCCCACGUGAUCCUGGUCUACAGCAGAAGAUGAACAAGAGAGAGUUAUCCUACGGCUGCAAUGUAAUCCGAAAACCCCCUCCAGAAAGGUCCCUGAAGAUGGGUGAUCGUUUCGCUCUGACAGCAGAUGUGGAUGUGGCAGAAAUUUAUCCUAAAAACUUAAAGCUCAGAUAUGACGGCUGUGAGUUGCAUUUCUUUGAAGUGCACAUAGAAAAUCCAGACACAAACUUCAAGCUGAAUCUCACACAAGAAAACGAGGUUCAGCCAGCGUGGAUUUGUGUAAUUCGAAAAGAUGAAUACAAAAGCAAAAAAAGCAAAGGUCGUAUACAAGGGGAGCAGUUUGUGGAUGAACACCGGUGUGAGCUGAUCGAGAAAGUGAGCAACAUAGGACCAAUCUUGGAUAAGCUCCUGAGGAAAAGUGUAAUAAAACAAGAAAGUUAUGAUACAAUCUGGGCUGCGCCAACCACACAGGAGAAGAUGAGGACGCUCUACAGUGGUCCCCUGAAUGCUGGUGGACGUGAGGCGAAAGACAUCUUCUACAAAAUCCUUGAGGAAGAGGAGCCGUAUCUUGUUGCUGAACUCGAGAGGAAGGAGGCAUAAACACUGUGACCAUGGUUAGAUUUCCUUUUUGACCAAUGAAGAACAUAAACUCUUAUUUUGACAUUGCAUUAAAGAAAAUACUCACUUUUUUUCAUUAUUUAUUUUUUUCUUAAGCUUGAUUUUCUUUAUUCUGAGAGGAGGCACAACGAAUCAAAUAAAGUUUUUAUCCAAGAAACUUAACAAUGAAUUUGGGGUGCUUGUGGGCAAGUAGAUUCAUUCAGAUUUGCUGAAUUAAAGCAGUUAAAUGUUAGAUGGCUAAAAUAUUUUUUACACAACUGAAAUAAGACAGAGAUCAUCGUUUUCGUUUCCUCACACACUCUUGGGGCCAAAUUAUCUUUAUAUUUAAGAUGAAUUACAGUUUUCACUUUGUUCCUUGUGAUGUCUUGUGUUAUGAUGCCUUGCCCCUCACCCUCCUCGGCUACGUGCACGUAUCUAGUGCGUCAAUCAGUGACACCUGGGAGACGCUUGCCAGACAGGGAACAGUUUUUUGACUGCAAAGGCAGACUGUGGAGAGUGAUUUUUGUGUUUACCGUUUUUUCAUAGAACGAAACCAAAAUGGUUUGUAUUUUCAGUUAAUAAAUCUUUAAUUUAAUCCAUG